AUGUCGUCGAGUGUCCGGAAGCGAGUCAUUGCUUGCGUAGACGGCACAUGGUUCAACGAAGACGGCCAAGAAGACAGGGGCCAAGGGAACAAUAGCAAUGUCUUUCGUGUCGAAUCUUCGAUCCAGCAGGGCAUGGUGACCGAUGUAGAUGGUCGCCAGAUUGAGCAGAUUACCCGGUACUAUCCUGGUAUCGGCGUCGGGGUCAGUCCCUUUGAGAAAAUCAACGAGGGCAUCCUUGGCCGGAGCUGCGAGAAGCUAAUCGAUGAGGUGUACGAUUUUUGCGUAGACAAUAUCGAGACUUCAAACGAUGAAGUGUGGCUUUUUGGGUUUAGUCGUGGAGCCUUCAUUGUCAGAGCAGUAGCCAAACUUUUGUGCAACGGCGUCAUUCCCAGAUCCAAAGGACCACAAAUCAAGUCCGUGUUCAAAAAGCUGGGCAGCGAUCCAGGAAGUCACAACAGUGGCCAAAGGCAAAACAUUGUACGUAACCAUGGCAAGCCGUUUCCCAGAAUCAGAUUUCUUGGGCUCUUUGACACGGUCAAGAGAGCCUUGGGGCUGAAAGACUUCCCAAUUGUCGACGAAAACCGCAUCGAGACUGUCCGACAUGUAAUGGCCCUCAAUGAACACCGCUUGGCUCGCUACCCAGUCAAAGCUAAAGAUGACACUCAAUAUAUCGAUCCCUCUCGGUCCAUCAUAGAGGCUUGGUUCAUAGGAAGCCAUCAAGAUAUCGGCGGUGGUGCUCUCCAUGACGGCCUGUCGCUAUACCCUUUGCAAUGGAUCUUGCACGAGGCAAGAGCCAACGGACUAGUUCUCGGGCAUGGCCCCAAGGAACCGCACGAUAUCAUCUCGGAUCCUCUUCAGCUCGUCCUCCCGGGACAGUUUCCUUCGGUACCAGUAUCUGGACCUUUGAACAACAAGGGCGCUCCGUGGAGAUUUCGGUAUUCAAACCAACUAGAGGUUUCCAUGUAUGACAUUCGCGCUGUACACGGUGUGGUAGACCUCAAGACUCAGAAACAAAAGCUCACCAAACGUUCGGCUCCACCAUCUCUCGCCACUCACAAUGUGCGCCUCAAUGCGGGCGCUCUUGAUAGUCUAAAGCUGGGUGAUCGGGGCGUCUUUGGCGAACGCCUAGGCAAGCUCAAUGGAUACAAUCCAGACUCUCGAUCUGGAACCAUUGUUCAUCCUUCAGUGUAUCUGCUGGUAGAGUCAUACUGUACACCACAUCUUGCCAGCAGCCUCGAGGGGUUGCAGCACCAUCUGGAGAGUUUCAGAGAGGAAGCCAUGCUCCGAGCUUUGGCGCCUGAUGGUAUUGCUCUACUAGACGUUUAUCCCUGGAUCAGAGACUUUAACCCCACAAUGGCUACGCCAACUUGCCGUAUACUGAUCUGUGGAGGCGCUGGAGUGGGCAAAUCCACCAUUUUGAAUCGUGUCUUUGGCAUGUCCUUGACUGGCAUCAGUAGCAUGGAGCGAGGUGCUCAUGAUGUUGAAAACGGCUACCAAGAUGCUCAGCACCCCGGUGUUAUCAUUCACGACUCGGAGGGAUUUCAGCAAGGUGGAAAACAGGAAGUCAAGGCCUUGACAAAGUUUCUGGAAAGACGAUCUGGUUCGGUUGACAUGAGAGAGAAACUCCAAGCGAUUUGGUUAUGCAUUCCAGCAGAUGAUGAGAGACCCGUCCAAGAGGGAAUGGCCAAUGUUCUAAAGGAAGUUGCCAGAAUCACACCAGCUACGCCAGUCAUUGUCGUGUGCACGAAAAAGGACAAGCUAUUGAUGAGCAAAACCAACAGAUUUUCGUACGACGAUAUUGAUGCAAUCUGCCGAAACGAUCUCCUCCCAGACGACAAGUUGCUGCGCAGGGAGCGAGAAAUACUCGAAAGACGACAAGAAAGGAUUGAGCUUGCCAUAACCAAGGACAUACUCACCAAGGAUGCAUGGCACUUGCUGCAAAACAAGCGAUUUCAGUGUGUACUAGGUGGUGAAGUGCCAAGUGAUUCGUCGGAAAACGCUCAAUACGAUGCCCGGUCCAUUACCGAGCUGAUACAGAAAACGGCGGAGCUGAUCGAAGAUGGAUUGGCAGCCGACGGUAUGAUUGCGGCACAGAUCCAAGACUUGGAUAUCAAGAUUGACCGUGCCGUUGAAAAGACGCUGCAAUUUCUUCGAAAAGCAAUGUUUACCUCUACUUCCGCCGGUGUAUUAGUGGUUGCCAAUGCCGUAGGGACGCCGACGAUUGCUCGACUCUUGUGUAGUGAAAUUGUCACGGGCUGUUAUGGCAUUCCCAAACACAUGGCGGCCAAGGCAGAAGGCCUGCUUGCCAGGAUCGUCGGCAAGAAUAGUGCCCUUUUUAUUGGCCAGAGCAUUGUCCAGAAUGUUGCGCUGCUCGGAGUCGGCAGUAUCUUUCUCGAGGCCGCAACCGCUGCGCGCGUGGUGCUCAAGUGCGCGUGCGACCUCAUCCUCAUCUUGGACCGCGCGUUUCGACUAGAAGGGCGAGCAAAGUUUGUGGGCUAUGACAAGAUUAGCGCCGUGGCCCUCAGCUACGUCACCAGAGGUAGAGGUAAAGAAAAGUCUCGACGGAGCCAGGUCCACGCAGCCAUCAACAACCUCAUCCCCCUGCUGUCAACAAGGCUGGUGGCGUCGCACUUUGGCGCCAGCAUUCUCAAGUACAGAUUGGAGAUCAAGGACAUACUCAUAAAGUAUCGCUUGGAAGAGGGUGAUUACAGCACGCCACGAUACAGUGUGAGCGAGUAUGAAGACAAGUUGUCAUUAAUGGCAUCUAUUGAGGAGGAUCAAGAGGAUGAAAAGGAGCUUUCAAAGGGUCUAUAA